GCUCCCAGAACUAGAGGGCUCACUCCUUUCCCCUCGGCCCCAGCCCCCUCUUCUCGGCUUCUGCCUCCUGCACCCAGGACGUCGCUCUCUUGCCUCCCCACCGAGCCCAGACCUCGGGGACCGGGCCAGGGUGCGGGGCCGCAGGUGGAUGCGCGGGAAGCCCGACGCGCCGAGCGAGGGUCGCCAGCGGCUGCGAGGGGAGCGGGAGCGGGAGCGGGAGCGGCUGGGGCCCCUCCCCGCGGGCGGGCCGAGGGGGCGGGCCCAGGCCUCCCGCGCGCCGCCGCCGCCCCUCGAGCCGCGUCCUCGCUCUGCCUGUCGGCGCGACCCAGGUGCCGGCGGGCAGGAGGCGCCCGAGGAUGUGCGGCUGGCCGCUGCUCCUGCUUUGGGGGCUGCUCCCCGGCGCGGCGGCGGGGGGCUUGGGCCGGGCCCUCCCGCACCGCACCCUCCUCGACUCCGAGGGCAAAUACUGGCUGAGCUGGGGCCCACGGGGCGGCCGGCUCGCCUUUCGCCUCGAGGUGCGCACCGCCGGCUACGUGGGCUUCGGCUUCUCGCCCACCGGGGCCAUGGCCGCGGCGGACAUCGUCGUGGGCGGCGUGGCCCGCGGGCGGCCCUAUCUGCAGGAUUAUUUUACAAAUGCAAAUAGAGAGUUGAAAAAAGAUGCUCAGCAAGAUUACCACCUGGAGUAUGCCAUGGAAAAUAGUACCCACACAGUAGUUGAAUUUACCAGAGAACUGCAUACCUGUGACAUGAAUGAUAAGAGUAUAACGGAGAGCACUGUGAGAGUGAUCUGGGCUUACCAUCAUGAAGAUGUGGGCGAAGCCGGCCCCAAGUACCAUGACUCCAAUCGUGGCACUAAGAGUCUACGGCUGUUGAAUCCUGAGAAAACCACCGUGUUGUCUACAGCCAUACCAUACUUUGACCUGGUGAAUCAGGACGUCCCCAUCCCAAACAAAGGUACGACCUAUUGGUGCCAAAUGUUUAAGAUCCCUGUGUUCCAGGAAAAGCAUCAUGUAAUAAAGGUGGAGCCACUGAUACAGAGAGGCCACGAGAGUCUGGUCCACCACAUCCUACUCUACCAGUGCAGCAGCAGCUUUAACGACAGCGUCCUGGACUAUGGCCACGAGUGCUACCACCCUAACAUGCCCGAUGCGUUCCUCACCUGCGAGACCGUCAUUUUCGCCUGGGCCAUUGGUGGAGAGGGUUUUUCCUAUCCACCUCAUGUUGGAUUAUCCCUUGGCACUCCGUUAGAUCCUCGUUAUGUGCUCCUGGAAGUCCAUUAUGACAAUCCGACAUAUAAGGAGGGCUUAAUAGAUAAUUCUGGACUGAGGUUAUUUCAUACGACAGAUAUAAGGAAGUACGAUGCUGGGGUGAUUGAGGCUGGCCUCUGGGUAAGCCUCUUCCACACCAUCCCUCCAGGGAUGCCUGAAUUCCAGUCUGAGGGUCACUGCACUCUGGAAUGCCUAGAAGAGGCUCUGGAAGCUGAAAAGCCAAGUGGAAUCCAUGUGUUUGCUGUUCUUCUCCAUGCUCACCUGGCUGGCAGGGGCAUCAGGCUCCGUCAUUUUCGCAAAGGGGAGGAAAUGAGAUUACUGGCUUAUGAUGACGAUUUUGACUUCAACUUCCAGGAGUUUCAGUAUCUAAGGGAAGAACAAACAAUCUUACCAGGAGAUAAUCUAAUUACUGAGUGUCGUUACAACACAAAAGAUAGAUCCCGGAUGACUUGGGGAGGAUUAAGCACCAGAAAUGAAAUGUGUCUGUCAUAUCUUCUUUAUUACCCAAGAAUUAAUCUUACUCGAUGUGCAAGUAUUCCAGACAUCAUGGAACAACUUCAGUUCAUUGGUGUUAAGGAGAUCUACAGGCCAGUCACGACCUGGCCCUUCAUUAUCAAAAGCCCCAAGCAGUAUAAAAACCUUUCUUUCAUGGACGCAAUGAAUAAGUUUAAAUGGGCUAAGAAGGAAGGUCUUUCCUUCAACAAGCUUGUCCUUAGCUUGCCUGUGAACGUGAGAUGCUCCAAGACGGACAAUGCAGAGUGGUCGAUUCAAGGGAUGACCGCAUUACCUCCCCAUGUGGAAAGACCGUAUAAAGCAGAGCCUUCGGUGUGUGGAACCUCUUCUUCCUCUUCUGUGCGCAGAAAUCGCUCUCUUGAGCUGCUCGUGGGCUUCAUGGUACUCAGCAGCAUGUUGCACAGCACACGCUUGUGGUCAUCAUUCUGUGCCUGGGGACGGUGCUUCCUGUGA